GUGAAUAUCCUUGGCAAGAGGUGUGACAUGUCCACCUCCAUUUCCAAUUCAAUCAUUACCCAUUUCUUCUCCUUGCCCAUUUCAUAUUUCUCGUUCAUAAUCAAACGCGGCGUACAAACAUCCUUUCACCUACUCAACACCCCCUUCCCCCACCUCCGCUGCCGCCGCCACCGCCACCGCGCGCUUUUUCUCCUCUGACGCAGCCACGGCCUCCUAAUCUCCUCAAUUUAUGAAUCCAAUCCGAUAAUCUCCUCGUUUAUUUUCUCCCGAUCGGGUUUCGCUACUUACUUGUACUCUCAUCUUGCGAGGAUCUAGGGCUUUUUCCCUCUUUUAUCAAGUAAAUUCACCGCAGUAAGCUCCUUCUUCGGUUUUGACGUUGUAUCCGAAUUAGGGUUGAAAGAUGAGAUUUUGGAUGUUUCUGGAUAAUUCAUGAAUGAAGAGGUCUUCGUACUAUAGCGCGGUUCCUGAGGUGCCAGAUCAGUGGCCAAUCAAAAAAGCACUUACGCUCUCUGAUAUUGAUAUUACCCACCCUUUCCUAACGUUGUCCCGGCAACAAGUUGAAACUAACAUCGUAUUGUACAUGACACCUCAAGAUCAGGAAAUCUUAAGAGCUGAAGGACAAGUGGGGUUUAAUGCUCAGGAUGAUGACAAUGGCGAUAUGUAUGUGAUGAGAUUGAAGUGGCGUGGGAGCUAUUAUAAUCUCAUUGGGAAAUGGGGAAAAGUUAUCCGUGGAAAGGGACUUGAUGUUGGGCAGGAAAUUAGACUACGAUGGUUUAAUGGCUGCUUACAUUUCUCAGUACCACAACAGCAGAUUGUUGUAGUUCCUCCACCAGUCCGCUUGAUUACAGCACCACCCUUGGUGCAAGACCAAAGGCUGCAGGACCACUGGCCUAUUAGAAAAAUCCUGACCUCGUCAGAUGUUGACACUACUCAUCCUUUCCUUCCAUUGCCUCGUAAGUUGGUUGAAGAGCAUAUUCUUUCACAAUGGACGCCACAAGAAAGGGAAAAUUUGAGGAAAGAAGAGCAGGUGCCUAUUAAUGUUCGAGACUAUGACACAGGUGAAAUUUAUGGGUUGAAAUUAAGGUGGCGUGGGAAUUACUAUAACCUAGUUGCGAAGUGGGCUAAUGUUAUUAGACAUAAAGGGCUUGGUGUUGGGCAAGAGAUCAGAUUGCGCUGGUUAAAUAAUUGCUUAUACUUCUCUAUUCCAGAGGAGCAUUAUGUCACAGCAACACCGGGUCCUGAUAAUUGGCCUAUUAAGAAAGCUCUCACAUUGUCCGAUGUGGAUACAAAUCAUCCUUUCCUUACAUUACCAGGAAAAGCAGUAGAGGAUCACAUCCUCUUCUACUGGACUCACCAAUCUCGGGAGCAGUUAAGGAAUGAACAUCAAGUUGGAAUCAAUGCUCGGGAUUAUGAUAUGGGUGAUGUGUAUGUUAUGAAGUUGAAGUGGCGUGGAAGUUACUACAACCUGAUUGGUAAAUGGGGUAAAAUCAUAAGAGAGAAAAGGCUGCAAGUAGGGAGGGAGAUUAGAGUACGCUGGGACAACGGGUACUUGGUAUUCUCAGUUCCUGAGCUUUAGGGUCGUUUCUUUUAGAUAUAGGUAGGAAGGCCUGCCUCUGUUUUAUGAUUUCUACUUAUCAUCAAAUCAGGUACAACGAAUGCCCUUGUUCCCACUUCUCCUUGGUGGUUGGACUGGCAUAGUUACAAACGUUGAUUCAGGUUGAUAUGAUCAAUGGGGUAGUUUUUCUGGGACAAGAACUUUCAACUUGGUUACCUUUCAUUUAGAUGGUUGUGGAUACGAUGAGCACACUGGUGGCUAACAGCCAAAUGUCUUCUGUUGAAGUGAGUGAUUGAGAUCAUUGAACAUUUGCACGAGUAGAGAUGAUUGACUUCAGAUUUCAUUGCUGCUAUGUACAUGUGGAAGAUUCUCAGUUAUUGUGGAGUGUGUUCUUGAAAUUGAUCGUUUUCUUGCGCCAUUCUUGUUACAGGUUGUGACUGCUUCAGCAAAUAUUGUCGGAAAAGUAAUGAAUUUCUUGUCGCAGGUGAGGAUCCUGCAAUAUAGUAGUAUAUCAUUUUACUUGGAUGAAAUGCAUUAGUUAUACUCGGUGUUAAUCCAACGAAGUAUAAUCAUCUUAUCUGUUUUUUAAAUUUCUGCUCCAGACUCUGCCUGAUGAAAGUCUACUUAGUUAAA